AUGGUUGCCUCAGCUGUCCGAAUGCGCAUUCCCAGCGCCAUGUUGUCAAAAGGCGGCCUCUACGUGAGGCGGCCUCACGUUAUUCACAGAUUCAAGGAUGCUGUCCAACCCCAAUUGCCUGCGUUAUCCGCCCUCUCCCGUUUCUAUGCCUCCAAGUCCUUUCCGCCCCACACCAUCAUCAGCAUGCCUGCCCUCUCGCCCACGAUGUCCGCAGGAAACAUUGGAGCUUGGCAGAAGAAGGCCGGUGAUUCCCUGUCGCCGGGUGAUGUUCUCGUGGAAAUCGAGACCGAUAAGGCACAGAUGGACUUUGAAUUUCAAGAGGAGGGUGUCUUGGCCAAGGUUCUGAAGGAGACUGGUGAGAAGGAUGUGGCUGUCGGCACUCCUAUCGCCGUCCUUGUGGAGGAAGGAACAGAUGUCGCCCCCUUUGAGAGCUUUACUCUGGAAGACGCUGGUGGUGAUAAGGGAACUGCUCCCCCCAAGGAGAGCAAGGAGGAGCCCAAGGCUGAGGCUGCACCAGCGCCCUCGACGCCCGAGCCUGCACCCGCCGCUCAGGAGCCUGAGACAUCUACUGAGAAGCUCCAGCCUAGCCUUGACCGUGAGCCCAACAUCAGCCCUGCUGCCAAGGCAUUGGCCCUGGAGAAAGGUGUUCCGAUCAAGGCUCUCAAGGGUACUGGGCGUGGUGGCCAGAUCACCAAGGAAGAUGUGGAGAAGUACAAGCCUAGCAUUUCCGCCGCCGCUGCCGCCCCUACGUAUGAAGACAUCCCUCUCACAUCUAUGCGCAAGACCAUUGCUACCCGUCUGCAGCAGUCGAUGAGAGAGAACCCUCACUUCUUCGUUUCGACCACUCUGUCCGUUACGAAGCUUCUGAAGCUACGCCAGGCUCUCAACGCUUCUGCUGAGGGCAAAUACAAGCUCUCCGUCAACGACUUCCUUGUCAAGGCUUGUGCUGCCGCUCUUAUGAAGGUCCCUGCGGUCAACUCGAGCUGGCGCGAGGAGAACGGCCAGGUUGUCAUCCGCCAGCACAACACCGUUGAUAUUAGUGUCGCUGUUGCCACUCCUAAUGGUCUUAUCACUCCCGUUGUCAAGAACGUACAUAGUCUUGGCCUUUCCAGCAUCUCUAACCAGAUCAAGGACCUCGGCAAGCGCGCUCGGGAGAACAAGCUCAAGCCUGAGGAGUACCAGGGCGGCACUUUUACCAUCAGCAACAUGGGCAUGAACCCUGCUGUUGAGCGGUUCACCGCUGUCAUCAACCCCCCUCAGGCUGCUAUCUUGGCCGUCGGCACCACCCGCAAGGUUGCUGUUCCCGUUGAGACCGAGGAGGGUACUUCUGUUGAGUGGGAUGACCAGAUUAUCGUGACUGGCAGCUUCGACCACAAGGUUGUCGAUGGUGCUGUUGGUGCUGAAUGGAUCAAGGAACUGAAGAAGAUUGUUGAGAACCCCCUUGAGCUUCUUCUGUGA